AUGGGUCAGAGACACCAGGUGUUUCUCAUUGCUCGCAUCGUCCCCGAUGGAAAGCCCAGCAAAGCACGAUACCGCUGCAUCGCUGCACUACACCACCAGUGGACAUACGGGUGCCUUGCUCUGAAGGCAGUCACUCGCUUUAUGGCGUUGGUCAAACAGAGGGACAACUCCGAGAUCAUUCAGGACGAAAUUCGCUCGGCCAACGAGCUAUAUGGAUCGUUGGAACCCCAACAAAAGCUUCCCCGUGUCUUGUGCCCUUAUCUUCAAUUUCUAGCCUGUGUCGCCUGGUGCGUUAAUUUCAGUGGCGAGCCAUAUGAAGCGAUGUACGCCCCGGAUUCUAUUAUCCUUCCAGCCAGCAUGGCGAGUUUUGACGGUGAUAACAAUGACGGGAUAACUAUCAUUGAUUUAACAAUCCUGGAGUCACCGUCCUACUGCUAUGUCAAAUUCUCGAGACCGAAAUCAAUCAACGCGAGGCAGUACAUCCAGGCGCAAGUGCAGUCCGCCCUUCGCCCAUUGGAAUCUCUUCCCCUUAUUUCCACCGAUGUCCUCGAAGAGGUCUGGCCAAGCGACUAUCGAACAGUGCAGAAACGAGGACGUGUCCCUUCUUCCGUCAUGCCCGCUGGCGUCGAUGCAGACCUCGCAGCUUUUGACAUCGACAAGAUCCUUUCUGAGCCUUUCGACAUUGUUCGUUUAAAGAAAUAUCUUCUCGCCCAGGAUCGGAUCGAAGACAACCUGCUUCAUUUGUUCAACAAGAUCAUCGAGUUGGAGACUAAAAACGAUCAAGUCGUGGAUCUCUCCCAAUAUCGUCUUCGGCAUGAACAAAUCAGCAAGAUUCUAUCGUCACAUACGAACGUCGAGGUCCUGAAGUUAUCGCACAACAAAGCAGUGUCCAUGGCUUUCGUUCAGCAACUUUCCCCCACUCUUCCUAGGUUGCGGCGACUCGUGGUUCUAAACACCUCAAUUACGAAAGACGAAGUCAGAACUGCAUUUUGUGACAAUCCCAAACUUUUUCAUGGUCUGGAAGCAUUUAUCCAUCCCGCAUUCAACUCUUUCUACCCUGGUGCCCCGGAAAGUCCUCCAAUCGCCUUCACUCAUGUCACCCUGGACAGCAGCCAGCGCGAUAUCGACGCUGUGAGCUUGUCUUACUUCACGACACCACAGGUAUUGCAGGGCCUCAUUGACUAUCUGAGCCCGCUGCUCGACGAUGAGAAUGGAGUCACGUUCGUCACCUGCAUUCGACUCUGCCGCUAUUCGCUGAAGGCGGCCUAUGCUUCUGAGCUUCGCAAAGAAGGCCAACCUUGGGGAGAUCGUAUUUCUUUUCGGAGGUCUCAACCGAUAUGGAUUUUGCCGGAUCACAAGAGCGUCGUGGAUGAACUUCGUCAAGAAAUCAAAGCCCUCCGUGCCGAGAAGUCGUUAAGCGAGGAGGAGAGAAGUGCCAAAGAAGUUGUGAUUCAUGCGAGUUAUUCAACGAAAGUCGGCACUGUCUAUGACCUGCAUGGUUUCCUCGAACAGCUCGAGCUAGAGGGCAGGGAGCCACCCUCUUCUGAGCAAGUGGCCAGGAUGGAAGAGAUAUUUGCUGGCAUGGAAAAAGGUCAAGAGUUUUAUCAACCCUUCUCAAAACUUACCAGCGAAGACCUUCCUGGUGCAGUUCUGGAUUCUGACACUGCAUUGGAGUGGAGACGUCGUUACUAUCAAUACCAACAUUGUGAGCCAGCGUGGAAUUAG